GGUAAGGCAGUACGCUAAAUCAGUAAAUGCUGUUUUGAUUGAUCUAAGCAUUGGUUUGAAUCGUAUAAGUCCUACAUUUUUUGUGUUAGUAUGUACAUGUUAUAGAAUACAAUUAUUAUUAAAUUGCCACUUAAUUGUUGCUUUAAAUAUACUGAUAUACAUAAAUUAUCAAUUGAUUAAAGCGUAUUUAAAUAUUUUAGGAUUUGGAAAGUAUCAUCUCAGACCACUUUGGUCGUAACCCGGCGAGUACACCCAUUUGUUCCCAGACAUUGGAGGCGAGUGACGAGAGCGACGUGGAUACUAGCAGCUUCGCCGACAUCUGUCAGGGUCGUGUGAGGUCUAUGGUGAGAGAAAAUAUUGAUGCGAGUGAUGACAACGAUUGCGACAACAAAGACGAUCAAAUCCAUGGUCAAUGACUGUCAGAAGAUGAAAACCAUGUUCACAACAUAACAAGCGCUGGCAUACAUGAACAAGGAGAGUGUGACCCUGAUAGGUUAGCUGUAGAGCAUUUCAUGAAGGGAUGUGGAUGUGGCAGGCAUUGUCAUAAGAACUUCACGCCAUCUUCAAUGUAUCAGUCCAUUUUAGACAGGGGUGAGAAGAGUAAAGAUGAAAAAGAAAUGUUCCUUAUGGGAAUUUUAAGUAAUUGUUCGUAUACCUCUUCUAGCACUAAGAGAGGGAAGAAACGUUCUCGCGUGCGCACACACUUUGCAAUUAAUGGUGCUUCAGUGUGUAGGGAAACUUUUUUGCUGUUUUUUGACGUAAAAUGUGCUGUUCUAUAUGCACUGAUACAGACAGUUAAUCAGGGUGAUUGUACACCGAGAACGCACGGGAACAGAGGGCGAAAACCUAAACACGCACUAAUGUUUGAUGAUGUAAAUUAGACUGUGCAGUUCAUCAUGAACACAUCCCAAGAAAUCGGACUGCCAUACCCAGCAGCCCCAAGGGGAAAAGACAAUAUUCCAAUCGUCUUCCUUCCAUCAAGCACAACAAAAUUGCAUUUACAUGCGCAAUAUAGCGCUGCUUGUGUAGAGCGAAAUGUGCGGUGCGUGCAAAUUUCGGCAUUCAAAAGCAUCUGGUUGCACUGCGUUCUGCACAUUAAAAUUGCAAAACCAAGAGAGGACUUUUGCGGCACGUGCGAGCGACUUCGAAGGGACAUCGUCGGCGCUGUGACAGAAGACGAGAAGCUACAUGCACUGACAGCAAUGGAGACGCACAGCACUGACGCUCGCAAGGAAAGAAACGUGUACUUAAACUGUGUUCAGAUGGCCGUUUCUGACCCCGUGCGAUAUUGCCACUUCACCUUUGACUAAAGUCAGAGUGUAAGUUUACCACACUACGGCAGACAGACGGGCCAAAUAUAUUUCAUGACACUCAGAGAAGUGCAGAUCUUUGGUUUCCGCAAAAGUGGCGAUAAACAACUGAACUUUCUAAUCAACGAGAACGAAACCCCUGGGAAAGAUGGCAAGAUGACGCACGGCCCAAACGCAGUGCUUUCCAUGAUAGAUUGGGCACUGGAAACAACGGCAAAUCCAUCUAGGUUGUUCAUUAUUCAUGCCGAUAACUGUCCAGGACAGAAUAAAAACAGGUACGUCAUUGGAUAUUUCCUGUGGCGUGUCAUGACAAGUCAGCAGGACACCAUCGAGUUCCUGAUGCAGAUUCCCGGCCACGCGCGUUGUCACGUAGACAGCGGGUUUGCCUGUGUUAAAAAGGCUUACAGACGAAGCGACAUAGAUACAAUGGACGAGUUGGCAGCCGUUGUGGAUGGAUCGAGCAGCACCAACGCUGCAGUUCGAUACCCAGCGUGGUGCUGGCGUAACUGGAAGUCGUUUCUAGGCGAACACUACAAUGCGCUACCUGGCAUGCGGAAAUAUCAGUACUUCCGAAUGUCGUCUGCUUACCCCGGUGUUGUCAUGGCGAAGACAUGCAGCGACGGUGAAGAGACCUCUUUGUGUUUAUUGAAGAACCCAGGUUUCCUCUGCACGAACAGUGCAGCUGCUCGCUCCUGGAUUAUCUGCAGCACGGUGCGACUACUUGCGUGAUAACGUGCGACCUCUAUUGUCAGCUCGGGGUCAGGAAGGCUUCGCGUGUUAGACAGAAUGUGACAUGUUUACUGCUCGAACUGUGCUAAGGGUUGAUUUAACCAGUUAUUAGUCCCCUACUGGUUUCAUCGGAGGGGACUUAUGCUGUGCGCUCCGUCAGUCUGUCUGUCUGUCAGUCUGUCCGUCACACUUUUCUGGAUCAUGCGAUAACUUUAAAAGUUCUUCAUAUUUUUUCAUGAAACUUGGAACAUGGAUAUAUGGCAAUAUGGACAUUAUGCACGUAAUUUCAAUUCGUUCAUAUGUCAAAAAUUAUGGUUCAUAUGGCAACAAAUAGACUAGAAAUACUGCUGAAAAUGGUGUUUUUCUGGAUCCUGCGAUAACUUUUAAAGUUCUUAAUAUUUUUUCAUGAAACUUGGAACAUGGAUAGAUGGCAAUAUGGACAUUAUGCACGUCAUUUCAUUUCGUUCCUACGUCAAAAAUUAUGGUUGCUAUGGCAACACAAAGACUAGAAAUACUGCUGAAAAUUGUGGUUUUCUGGAUCCUAUGAUAAAUUUGUAAGUUCUUAAUAUUUUUUCAUGAAACCUGAAACAUGGAUAGAUGGCAAUAUGGACAUUAUGCACGUCAUUUCAUUUUGUUCCUACGUUAAAAAUUCCGGUUGCUAUGGCAACAAUAUAAAAAAUCUGGAAUUUCUAACAAUGGUGGAGCCGGUAGGGGACUUAUAUUGCUUGACAAUAGUCUUGUUGUUAAUGUAUUAUGGAUUCUGUAUGUUUGUUUGUUAAACAAAAAAAUAUCAACAUUCCAAUUUCAUUUAAAUUAUCCAACAAACUGGGUUAUUUAUUUUCUUGAAGAAAAAUCAUAAAUUAAUAUUAACACUUUAUAUGAAAUAACCAAACUGUAACACAUGUACGUCAUAGGUAUCAAACACAACAUGAUUAAAAUUUUUAAUAAUGAUAACGGACAUUUCAAAAUAAAAUAUGAACGAAGUGAGUUAAAAAAAAGGAAUAUGACGCGGCGUCAAAUUACGACGUAAUGACGCUCACUUUAGAAUUACACGGGUUAACGUAAAUGUAAAUUA